UCACCACACGCGCCAGUCAGUCACCUGGAUGCGUGAGACCCAGCAGUCGCGAAGCAUAUAGCGCGGGAUAAAACGAAAGCUUAUGAGUAAUUGGACAUCCUUCCUUUCUUUCUGUCAAAGGAGAUAAAGCAGAUGCUUCAUGCGGAAUGGAAGGAGAUUUUGUUUCACCAAAGACGCAAUGAGAGGGUCUAGGUUCAGAGAUCAUUGAACAUUUGGUUGAUACGCUUAUCAGCAGAAUAUACGAGUUUUUUGCUCUGUGAAGGAAAAUACUGUAGUUCAUUUUUUCCUGAAGUGCUGUAUUGUACCGAAGUUGACAUGGCUCUUCUAGUCCACCUUAAGACGAUCCGGGACCUUCGUGGAAAGGGGGACAGAAUCGCCAAAGUCACAUUUCGAGGUCUGUCGCUCUACACGCAUGUGCUGGAAAACUGUGAGGAUGAGGCCAGAUUUGAUGAGACGUUCCGAUGGCCGAUUGCCAGUAGAGUGGAUGAAAAUGAGAUGCUGGAAGUUCAAGUGUUCAACUACAGCAAAGUCUUCACCAACAGAGUCAUUGGAACCUUCAAGAUGGUUCUACAGAAGGUGGCAGAGGAGGGCCAGCUAGAGGUGACAGACACACUCAUCGACGACAACAACACCGCCAUCAGGGCCAGUGUUACCAUAUACAUCAAGUACACGACAGUGGAUGGGACUGUGGGGGUUUGGAGUGACGGAGAAUUCCUGGACAUCCCGGGUGACCCGGAGGGAACGUUCCAGUUUGAGACGGACAGUCUGCUCUCCGGACACAGCCAGGGGUCAGGAGUGUCACAGGGGCGAUCCAUCCAUGGAAUUCCCACUUUUAGGAAAGCGGGGAAGGGGGUAUUCUCAGCCAUGAAGCUCGGCAAGACCAAGAGCUCCAAGGAUGACCACAAGAAAGAUGAGCCAGCCAUCUUGGACAUGGAGGAUCUGAACAGGAAGGCCAUGCGUCUGGGAGGGGUGGGGGCUCUGGACCCAGACUGCAUCUCCCUGGCCUCCGUCACUGCCGUCACCACCAAUGUCUCCAACAAGAGAUCAAAGCCUGAUAUCAAGAUGGAGCCUAGUUCUGGGAGGCCUGUGGAUUACCAGAUUAGCAUCACAGUCGUUGAGGCCAGACAGCUGGUUGGCCUUAACAUGGACCCUGUGGUCUGUGUGGAGAUUGGGGACGACAAGAAGUACACCUCCAUGAAGGAGUCCACUAACUGCCCCUACUACAAUGAGUAUUUUGUCUUUGACUUCCACGUCCCACCAGAUGUCAUGUUUGACAAGAUCCUGAAGCUCUCAGUGAUCCACUCUAAGAACCUGCUGCGGAGUGGCACCUUAGUUGGAACUUUCAAGCUGGAUGUUGGCACAGUCUACUCCCAGCCUGAGCACCAAUUCUACCACAAGUGGGCCACACUGUCUGACCCUGAUGACAUCACGGCCGGCUGCAAAGGUUACAUCAAGUGUGACAUCGCCGUGGUGGGGAAGGGGGACAACAUCAAGACUCCCCACAAGGCCAACGAGACGGAUGAAGACGACAUAGAAGGGAACCUCCUUCUUCCGGAGGGUGUUCCCUUGGAGAGGCAGUGGGCACGAUUCUACGUGAAGAUCUACCGCGCUGAGGGCCUUCCCAAGAUGAACACCAGCAUCAUGGCCAACGUUAAGAAGGCCUUCAUAGGGGAGAACAGAGACCUGGUGGACCCCUACGUACAAGUGCUCUUCGCCGGACAGAGAGGGAAGACAUCGGUCCAGAAGAGUAGUUAUGAGCCGAUCUGGAAUGAGCAGGUGGUCUUCACUGAGAUGUUUCCUCCGCUCUGCAAACGCAUGAAGGUCCAGAUAAGAGACUCCGACAAAGUCAAUGACGUCGCCAUAGGAACACACUUCAUUGACCUGCGAAAGAUCGCCAAUGAUGGUGACAAAGGGUUCCUGCCCACCAUGGGCCCAGCCUGGGUCAACAUGUAUGGCUCCACCCGCCAGUACACUCUGAUGGAUGAGCACCAGGACUUGAAUGAGGGGCUGGGGGAAGGCGUGUCCUUCAGGGCCCGCCUCCUCAUCUCCGUUGCCGUGGAGAUCCUGGACACCACCUCCACUGAGAUUGUAAGCUCCACCGAGGUGCAGGUGGAGCCUGUCUCUAACAUCUCAGAGAGUGUUACAGGGAAAAUAGAGGAAUUCUUCCUGUUUGGUUCCUUCCUGGAGGCCACCAUGAUCGACAGGAAGAUCGGCGAUAAGCCAAUCAGCUUCGAGGUCACAAUAGGCAACUACGGCAACCAGAUAGAUGGAGUGAGCAAGCCCUCGGCAGCUAAGAAGAAGAAGAAAGAGGGAGGAGGAGGAGGAGGAGGAGAGAGUGAUGAGGAGGAGUCAGAGCUGAUCCAGCAGAACUCCAGUGAGGACGAGGCAGAUGAUAAUGGGGACCUGGUGUCUGUGUCCUCCUCCCCACCCAUGAAACCUGUCAUAACAGACAGGAACUACUUCCACCUGCCCUACUUUGAGAAGAAGCCGUGUAUCUACAUCAAGAGCUGGUGGCAGGACCAGAGGAGAAGACUUUACAACUCCAACAUCAUGGACAAGAUCGCUGACAAACUGGAGGAGGGUCUGAAUGAUGUGCAGGAGAUCAUCAAGACAGAGACAGCCUAUCCAGAGCGCAGACUCAGAGGGGUGCUGGAGGAACUCAGCACUGGCUGCAAUCGUUUCGUCACUUUGGCCAACAAGGACCAGAACCAGGCAGGCAGAACCAAACUGGACAAAGAGAGACUCAAGUCCUGCAUGAGAGAGAUGGAGAGCAUGGGCCAGCAGGCCAAGCUGAUUCGCUCCCAGGUGAAGAGGAACACAGUGAGAGACAAACUGAAGAUGGUUCAGAACUUCCUGCACAGGCUACGUUUCCUUGCCGACGAGCCCCAGCACAGUAUCCCAGACGUGUUUAUAUGGAUGAUGAGUAGCAACAAGCGUAUCGCCUACGCCCGCAUCCCCUCCAAAGACAUCCUCUACUCCAUCGUAGACGAGGAGACAGGCAAGGACUGUGGCAAGGUCAAAGCUGUCUUCCUCAGGCUGCCUGGUAAGAAGGGGUUUGGUCCAGCCGGGUGGACAGUGCAGGCUAAGAUGGAGAUGUACCUGUGGCUGGGCCUCAACAAACAAAGGAAGGACUUCCUGUCUGGCCUGCCCAACGGCUUUGAAGAGAACAAGGCUCCCAGGACAGGCUCGUGUCUGCAGUCUUUACCCCCUAUCAGUCUGGUUUAUAACAUGAAGCAGGUAUUCCAGCUGAGGGCUCACAUGUACCAGGCCAGGAGUCUGUUUGCUGCAGACAGCAGUGGCCUGUCAGACCCCUUCGCCAGGGUCUUCUUCUCCACACACAGCCAGGUCACUGAGGUCCUGAGUGAGACUCUGUGCCCUACGUGGGAUCAGCUGCUGGUGUUUGAUGAUGUUGAGCUGUUCGGGGAGGCCGGCGAGCUACGAGACGACCCACCUAUCAUUGUGGUAGAGGUCUACGACCAGGACACUGUGGGCAAGGCAGAGUUCAUUGGUCGUACGUUUGCUAAGCCCAUCACUAAGAUGUGUGACGAGCACUACGGACCCCCGAGGUUCCCCCCUCAGCUAGAGUACUACCAGAUCUACCGUGGUAACUCUACCGCCGGUGACCUACUGGCUGCCUUCGAGCUGCUACAGAUUCCCUAUGACCAUGAGGAGAUCAGGAGGGCUCUGAUUGCUGUCCAUGACUUUGCAGUUCCUCAGAUUAAGAUUGGGCAAGGGGGGAGGGCGGAGCUUCCUGCCAUCAAUGGUCCGACAGACUCAGACCGUGGACCCAUCCUCCCUGUGCCAAUGGGCAUCAGACCUGUCCUAAGCCGUUAUCGCAUAGAGGUUCUGUUCUGGGGCCUGCGGGAUCUGAAGAGGGUGAAUUUGGCCCAGGUGGACAGACCCAGGGUGGACAUAGAGUGUGCAGGGAGAGGAGUCCAGUCUGCACUCAUCGUGAACUUCAAAAAGAACCCCAACUUCAGCACACUGGUCAAGUGGUUCGAGGUGGACCUGCCAGAGAACGAGCUGCUCCACCCUCCUCUUAACAUCCGGGUAGUGGACUGCAGGGCGUUUGGCCGAUACACCCUGGUGGGUUCCCACGCCGUCACCAGCCUACGACGCUUCAUCUACAGCCCCCCAGACAAGACGCAAAACAACUGGGCCAGCGCAGCUAGACUGAUGAAUGGCUACAUGGUCCUGACCAACGGGGGGUCCCAAUCUCGCCCCUCCUCCCUUUACUCCCGCACCCUGCCCCGCACCCUCUCUCACCCCACAGGUGAUGUCAUAGUCAACAUGGAUGCCAACCCCUCAGUCAGGAAAAUGGACACGGUGGUGAAGUUAGAUGCUUCGUCUGAUGCAGUAAUUAAAGUUGAUGUGAAUGAGGAGGAGAAAGAAGAGAAGAAGAAGAAGAAGAAGAAAAAGAAGGGAGAGGUGGAGGAGGAUGAUGAGACCGACGAGAGAAUGCUGGACUGGUGGUCCAAAUAUUUUGCUUCCAUAGAGACACUGAUGGAGAUCCUCAGGGCCCAGGAGGCAGCGCUGGCUGAGGCCGAGGAGAGGGAGGAGCAGGAGAUAGCAGCAGAGGGAGCAGAUAUCAAACCUGAUGACCUCCCUGUAAAAGGCUCCAAGGGGAAGGAGAAGAGCCGAGACAAGAGCAGGAACAAGGACAAGAAGAAGAGUCACCAUGCAGGAGAGGGGACAGAGAAACGCCCCAGCAAACCCAAAGUGAACGAGCUACUGGUGUACAACAAGGAGUUGGAGGCAGAGUAUGAUAACUUUGAGGACUGGCUCCACACCUUCAACUUGUACAGAGGGAAGGCAGGGGACGACGAUGAAGCAGCCCUGGAUGACGACAGGAUCGUGGGCAGAUUCAAGGGCUCCAUGUGCAUGUACAAGCUGCCUCUGUCUGAGGAGAUCACCCGGGAGGCGGGCUUCGACCCUAACAUGGGCAUGUUCCAGAGCAUUCCACACAAUGACCCAAUCAAUGUGCUGGUGCGAGUCUUCGUGGUCAGGGCCACAGACCUCCAUCCUGCUGAUGUCAAUGGGAAAGCGGACCCCUACGUCGUCAUCAAACUGGGCAAGUCAGAGCUGAAGGAUAAAGAGAACUAUAUCUCCAAACAGCUCAACCCUGUCUUUGGCAAGGCGUUUGACAUGGAGGCUACGUUCCCCAUGGAGUCCAUGUUGACCGUGUCAGUGUACGACUGGGAUCUGGUGGGCACUGAUGACCUCAUCGGGGAGACCAAGAUCGACCUGGAGAACCGCUACUAUAGCAAACACAGAGCUACCUGUGGCAUCGCUAACAACUACUCUGUGCAUGGUUACAACAUGUGGCGUGACCCCAUGAAGCCAAGCCAGAUCCUGGCCAAGCUCUGUAAGGAGGGCAAGCUGGACGGACCCCACUACGGCCCCGGGGGAAGGGUCAAGGUCGCCAACCGUAUCUUCAUGGGUGCCACAGAGAUCGAGGAUGAGACUGGUCUAAAGAAGCAGACAGAUGAGCACCUGGCGCUGACGGUGCUGAAGCACUGGGAGGAGAUCCCUAGGGUGGGCUGUAAACUCAUCCCAGAACACGUCGAGACAAGACCCCUGUUCCACCCUGAGAAACCUGGCAUCGAACAGGGGCGGAUUGAGAUGUGGGUAGACAUGUUCCCCAUGGACAUGCCAGCACCUGGACCCGCCAUUGACAUAUCACCACGGAAACCAAAGAAAUAUGAGCUCAGGGUGGUUAUAUGGAAUACAGACGAAGUAAUACUCGAGGACGAUGAUUACUUCACUGGGGAAAAGUCCAGUGACAUAUUUGUCAGGGGCUUUGAGCUGCGUGUUAUUAUUUGGAACACUGAUGACGUAGUUCUAGAGGACGAUGCUUUCAUGACAGGAGAGAAGAUGUCUGACAUCUAUGUCAAGGGGUGGCUGAAAGGGCAACAGGAGGACAAACAGGACACAGAUGUCCACUACCACUCUCUGACAGGCGAGGGGAAUUUCAACUGGCGCUUCGUGUUCCCCUUUGACUACCUGAUGGCCGAGGAGAAGAUUGUCAUCUCUAAGAAGGAGUCCAUGUUCUCCUGGGAUGAGACAGAGUACAAGAUCCCUGCACGCCUCACCCUGCAGGUCUGGGACGCUGACCACUUCUCCGCUGAUGACUUCCUAGGUGCAAUAGAGCUGGACCUGAACAGGUUUCCCCGCGGGGCGAAGACAGCCAAGCAGUGUUCUAUAGGCAUGGUCCAGAAUGAGGCUGAGCUGCCCUGCAUUUCCAUCUUCAAACAGAAGAGAGUCAAGGGCUGGUGGCCAUUCGUGGCCCGCGACGAAAACGACGAGAUGGAACUCACGGGUAAAGUGGAGGCGGAGCUUCAUCUGAUGUCGGCAGAGGAAGCGGAGAAAAGUCCUGUUGGUCUGGGACGCAAUGAGCCUGACCCUCUGGAGAAACCAAAUCGCCCGGACACCAGUCUCAUGUGGUUUGUGAACCCUCUGAAGUCCAUCCGCUACUUCAUCUGGCACAACUACCGCUGGCUGAUCCUCAAGGCCCUGGGCCUGCUGCUGCUGCUGCUCCUGCUCGGCCUCUUCCUCUACUCCUUCCCUGGCUACCUGGUCAAGAAGAUGCUGGGGGCCUGAGAGAACGUCGACCCACCAGGGCCACCGGUAGCCCCCUCUCUCUGUCCUAUCCUAGCCUCUCCUCUCUUGUCCUCCGUUCCGCAUUUUCUGUCAGCUCCUCUUUCUCCUUUUCCCCUCUCUCUGUUCUCUCCUCUGUUCCUCCUUUUCACUGAACCCAUAUCGCUUCACUCUCUGUCUUUUCCCUUCUUACCUCUUCCUCUGCUUUCUACCACCUUCCUUUUCCAUAACCUCUUUCUUCCAUCCCUCAACCGCUCAUCUCGUCCUCUUUUUCCCCCCCAGGUAUGUCUCAGUCUUUGUCUUUCCUCAGAUAUACAAAGAUUGUCUCUGGUAGCUUUUGCUGCAUCCCUCCCCUUUUUUUCUUUGCUCUCAGCAUCUUCAUGUCCCAGCAUUCAUGUCACUGUCUCUGUCCCCUAUACUGUCCUCUGUCUCUUGUUGCUCAACCUGCCAGUGUCUGGUGUCCCGAGUCUUCCAUUGUGCAUCACACUGUCAUUACACUGGCGGCUUCAGGGGAAAUACUUUUUUAUCUGUAGCUGCGUUCAAGCGAGCUGUCAAACAAACACCAUCUAAUUUUAUAUCUGUGUAUCCAUUGUCUGAGUCUCCAUCGUCUGUGCUUCCCGAUUGUGCGGUGGUCUUCUGGUUCUGUAUAAAAUAAAAAGAACGUUGCUAUUUUGUAAACAGGGUUGUUUGUGUAGUAGUGUGUGGAGAAAUUGUGAUCAGUUAGAAAUAGUCAUACAUCAUAUGGCUUACGAACCACUAACGCUUGCUCUCCUCUUUCCUCUCUUUACCCUGCACUUUGGCCCCCAUUACCACUGUUUCCCCACCCCACCCACUACCCUCCCUUUAAUCCACUCACCCUUCUGUUCCCCACCUCUACCUCUCCCACAACCGCCCCCAUCUACCCCAUAUCUUUCCCCACUUCCUUCCCGUAUACCCUCCAUCACACCCUUUUAACCCUCAACCCCCAUCCCAUCCAUCCCAUGCCCCACUAUCUACCCCUCUAUUCUCACCCUUCCCCUCUAAUCUUACACCAAUCC